AGAUACAAAAGAAAGGGGAUUGGAAACGAAAUUUUUACGAAAUUUUUGCGUGAAGCAUUCCGCGUUAUAGGGCGUGGCUAAAACUACAAAGGAUUAUAUUUAUAGUCAGCAUGCUCAUUACCAGUCUUGACUGCUCUACAAUGUGCUGUACAUAGAAACAGUGAAAUUGAUCAUUUUUAAUGUUGAUUUUUCUAAAAAGUAAAGAGAAUUUAGCUCUAAAAAGUCGACUAAGCCAUGCAGCCACUAUUACUAGACAAAUAAAUGCUAUGCAAGAAGAAAUAGCCUUUACUAUGAAGUCGUAGGAGGGACAGGCCCGUGGCGUGUCUAAAAGUAUACUAAAGCAGUUUGAAGGACUAUACUGCAAACGUUUAUGAACAGUACAGCUUAUCUAUAGCAUGAAGCCAUUCUAUGUAGCACUUAGAUACAUAAUAACCAAGUCAAGCAAUGUCCUUUGCUGUUUUGACUUCACAGGAGGGACAGAGAAAAGUUGACAUAGAGUAAUUCAAGCUAAACUCAAAAAAAUUGGAAACAGAGUAAAGACAACGGACUUAGAGCUUGUCAGUGGUAUAAGCUUACUUCUCUCAAGUAUCUCCCAGGCCCUGAGUGAUCUCUAGUGGAUAGGAGAGCUAGAAACCAGGGAUAUAAAACUUUUCCAUGUAAUUAUUUGCGAGCGCAAUAAUUACACGGAGUGCUUCACCGGAUGUCAGUCCUUUUACAUAGGGCGUGGGCGGUCGUUUCCAAUCCCCUUUCUUUUGUAUCUCUGCUUGUACAUAGUAUUUUAACAAUGUUGACCCUAUAAACCAUGAUGCUGCUCUCUCAUCUCUCAAUCUCUGCACUAACUAUCCUGCUAUCCCUAAUCAUCCUUGCCACGACCUCCCCAGACUCUAGUUCAGAUGAUCAGAGAAAAGCUUUGGGAGAGAACAAGUUCCAAGAACUACAAGAGAAGACAGUGAGCAGCUCGUGUUGGAAAGAUGCUGUGGCCAGACUCAACACAACAUGUAAGAAGAUUACUGAUGUGGAACAAAGUCGAUUAGCCGUGGCGUUUGCUAAUUGUCAUCUGGCGAAAUCUGGACGCCAAGUCUAUCACUGCAGCGACACCACGACGAUCCGAGAGUGUACAGGAGAUAUGGACACUGUUGCGUUUCAAGCAUACACGGAAUUUUUCACACACACUGGUCACAUUUGUUAUUUUUUACAAAACGAGAUUUGGCAGGAUCGCACUGAUAGAACUGUUUCUAAGCUUUCGGAAGCUUCAGAGGAAGCUGUGAAGAAACUCGAAGAAUCUCUUGACUUUCACCGUGAAAUGGAAGUCAAACAAACCCAGGCCUUGGACAAUCAGGCAGCCAUUAUAGACCAAGACAGACGAAUAGCUUCAUCACUUGAUGACACCAGGAGGAGUAUGGAUCGUCAUUUCGAUGAUGUCAACGAAAUGGCACAGAAACAAAAGCUGCUAUUGGCAGAUAUGUUUGGCACACUGCAAGACUCCAUAGAGAGUGUCCGUUAUCUAAUGUCUCUCUUCCUGAUUGAAUUUGUGGGCUAUGAAACUUUUGCAGUUUUCGUUGUAUCUUCGCUGGUGAUUCUGUUUCUACCUCGGUUUGGUUACAGUCGGUUCAAGCUCUACCUGCUGCUGUUUGGAGAGCUGGUUGUCGAGGUGAUCGUGAGGAGGUUGUUUGGUUACCUUGUACUGGGGGGAGGGGCUGGGAGCAGACCACCACCUGAGGCUAUGGAGACCCUCCACAGCUACCUGUGGUAUUGUCGCUACAUUGCAUUCUUUGCUGGGAUCAUUCUCUAUAUGUGGGAGUGGCUAUCUUAUCGAGACCACACCCUCCUACUGACGGAGCUCCAUCAGAACACUGACCUCAUUAUGGCACGACUCGGAAUCAAGUCUCCGUUAAAUCAAAAGAGAGCUAGCAGCUCGGUUGCUAUGCAUGGGGUCCAGCCGGACAUGCAGGGGGGACCACCCCCUCCCAAUAGACACAUCAGUUCCCGUGGAGGCAGCAAAGAGAAAGAGAUACCUGCUGAUGUCCAGCCCUCUGGGUUAACGAGCAGGGACGUCCCCACUGACGCUACUGAUGGGUGUACACCCAGUGUGACCGUUGAUGGGUGUGGUUUCAGCAAGAGGAGAGCGGAGCAGCAAGUAUACGCACCAACUCCAAUAGCGAGGGGAGGGGGAUCAACCGCCAGCCCAUAUCUCUUUGAACCAAUACCAGGUUUGCCCCCUCCGAUUGGUCAUCCCCGUUCCCCGUACACCAACGACCGGAUAUCGCAAUACAUUGCAGGUCUCCCCGCAGAAUUUGAACCCCCUGGUGAGCAGUCCUUCGCCUCGACUGCCGUCAACCCGGCCGACUCUGACAACGACCAAUCCAAUGACACUUUGCCCGUCUUCGAGAGUGAGUCACCAUACACCAGAUCACCCCUCAAGAGAUCACCAGUUUCUGCUAAGAACAAGAACAAGAAUGCAGUCGGAGGGUCUAGUAGGCGUGUCCUCAACAACUGGCUUGGCAAUGUUUCCCCUGGCAACCGAGAAUGGGCGGAGUCAGAGAAGGAAGUGGCCGAAGAGAAAGCCAUGAAAUCAGACAAGCUAAACACUUCCAAGUCCACUCUGGAAGGAGAGCGCUUUCGUCGCUCCGAGUUCCUGGUCACACCCACUAUGACCACACCCACUGUACAGAGACGAAGGACACUGCAGGCUCCCUCUCCAGCGGAUACCCCUCGUCGCUACAACCUCCGCUCCCGCACUCCCAGACAAACACCAGCGACCAACAAAUGACCAUGCACCGGCAGCCACACCCCUCACUGCUACGUACAUACAGGUUCUGCGAUAUCAAACUCUGCAUGCACAUAAUUAUUCACUUGUCAUUGUGUUGCAUUUUUAGCAGUUUUAAAGGCAUUAAUAAAAUAAUUGUACAUGUAUUGCUAUACCUAGCUAGCUACUACUUUCUGUAAUACAGGAUGAUUUUAUUGUUGAAAAUUUUUGGCUGGCAAUAA